AAAUUUCAGGGCCACUCUUUAAGAAAACUUAACUUACAAUUUCAUAGCAGAUUGUUUCGCAUUUUAAACUUCAAUCAACUUUUUAGAGUUAAAUCGCUUGCAGAGAAGUCCACUGUGGCCGUAAACUAAGAGAUUGCUGAACCGGCGAAUUUAGGAGUUAGAGUGUAAAUAAAAAGAGCGAAAUAACCGUCAGUAAAGUUUGGGAAUGAAGAUUCAAAAGAUGAACUAUGUACCUGAUUCAAGGAGGUGGAUGGUAUUUUGCAAGAGAGAUUGGGACUAAACAAACGAUGCAUUCGCACCGUGAUGGACGAUGUCUGUCUGUAUUAAUUUUCAUAACGUCAUUUCUGAUGGGCUUGAGAGGAAAACCUUUGUACGAAGAGAGGGCAGAAAUGACGGUUGCAUCAUUGGAAGCCUUAACAGGAACUUUUUCCGGGAGCAUUUUUCAGUUGGCCAAGCGAGAUAAAGGCUCUCAUAUGCCUCCUCGAAUACACCUCACUGUGAUUAUACCAAGUAACUCCGUCGUAGGACCUAAAAAUUUCAACUUAGUCAAGGAGUUCGUGGGGGACCUGGUGCAAGAGUUCAGUAUAUCCCCUUCAGGAACUAGAGUCGCAAUGGUUACUCAGUCCUCCACUCCUCGCAUGGAGUUCAGCUGGUACAAAUUCAUGAACGUUGAAUGCACCCUUGAGGGAAUAUCAUCGGUUAGGUUUCAAGCGGGGAAUAGAUCCUCCUUAAAUACUCUCCUCGACUACGUCAAAUCAAAAAUAUAUUCGCCCGCUAAAAAUGCAACGAAUCCAGUUCAUCGAAUCUUAUUUAUUAUUACGGAAAGCGUUGCCUUGAACGAUACAAAGCAGACCACUUCUCUCGCCAAAGAACUUCAGAAUGACGGCGUAGAUAUUUUUCUAUUAACAGUUGGCAAACACAUGACGAUCGACAUACCAAAUAUGGUGAUUGGUAAACCCUUUAAAAGGCCUAUUUUUCAGGUUAACUCGUUUCGAGAUCUCCCCAGACUAGCUAAGUCUUUCAAAGGCAAAGGACUUAACCGUAGCUGCUCAAUAGAGGGCUUCUCCUAUGAUGAGUGUGAUCGGCGCUGCCGUUGUAUAAACGGAACAUUUACCGAUUGCCACAGAAUACGAAAGGACUUUAUGGAAAUGCCCCUCGAAGAGCGGCGCCGCUACGUGAAGGUCCUUAAAGUGGUCUCUUCACAGGACCCCUACAAAAAGACCUAUGAUCUAGUUACAAGACUCCAUCCAAAAUUCUUCGAUAUCAUUCACCAAAGACCAUUUUUCUUCCCAUGGCAUCGGUGGUACUUAUUCAUCUUUGAGAAUCUUCUUCGUCAUGUUGAUUGUCGCGUGACUGUGCCGUAUUGGAACUGGGCCCGAGCUGUGUCGCGCAAUCGCUUAUGGCGUGCCACAGACAUACGGGAUAUCUGGAAUCCAGGACCUCACGGCCUGGGCGGUGACGGUGAGGGUAAAUCUCGCACAAGUUGUGUCCGAAAUGGACCUUUCCAAGCUGGAAAAUGGUCUCUACCGGAGUGGUUAUUUUCUAAGUGUCUCUCCAGACGAUUCGACCACAGAUAUUAUUUGCCAAGUGAGGAGUACGUUAAGGAUUUAAAGAAACUCUCGUGGAGAAAAUUUCGCGCAUUUGAAUCUGGGGUGAGGAGAUAUAUGCACAAUGACCUGCACAAUGCAGUUGGUGGCACAAUGUCGGAGGAUGAAUCUGCAAGCGCCCCUGAGUUCUGGUCUCACCAUGCUUUCCUUGAUAAGAUCUGGUCUGACUGGCAAGAUCAUGGCCCAAAAUACAAAUUCGCGUAUUACAAAAGCAUAAAUGUACUCUUACCGGGUGGGAAUCACUUCGGUUGGCAGUUUAUGGACCUACAAAAUCAGCCCCAUUGUAUAAGGGUCUUAUAUGAGGAGCCCAAGGGCGAGAAAGUACCCGACGGUGUAGAUGAUAAUCGUGUCAGAUAUGACGAUGAUGUUAAUGACGACGACGACGAUGACAAUGGUAUUGAUGACAGUGAUGAUAAUGAUGAUGAUGACAAUGAUGAUGACGACGAUGAACAUUAAAAUGACGAUAGCCAUUCUGACGAGCAUCACAAAGAUGUUAAUGCAAAGGGUUUUUUCAAUUAUUACAAAAAACACAGAUAAUCAUGAGAUUUAGUUUGCACAAAAAUCUUGCGUUACUAAACUGAUCUCUCUAAUAAGAAUUGACCAAAAUGCCCCGUUAGCGGAAAAAGGAAACAAAACAAAACAAAAAGACAAAAGAAAUAAAAUUUAUUUAAUUUUUUCUUUCUUUGCUUUAGUAUAUAUUUAAGUCUACCAUGAUUUUUUCUGGUUAAAUGAAAGGAGUCGGUAAAAGAAAAUACAAAUAAUAAAAGGGAUUAACUCAAUUUGUCCAGUGU